AUGAGCGAAGACCCCAGCGAAAAAGCGUUCUUUCCUGACGAGAAAAGGGCGCUAGCUAAUGUGUCUCCUUGUAAGUCUAGUCUUACCCCGUACAAACUUAGGCCACGGGUCGUCAGACUCUUCCGAGAGCUUUUUUCGUGGCCCGCUUUCAAAAAAGCAGGAUCGGCCUUAAUUUUGCUGGCUUUAGCGGUUGGGACGUAUUUUUUACACGGCAAAAGGAUCAGUAAGCCGUUCAUUGUUUUGACAUCAGCCUUUAUGUUCUUGGCUUUGGAGAUUUUUCUAGUAGUUGCAAUAGCGAUUUUGUCUGUCAAAAGAUCGAAAGUUCUGAAUAACCAGCGGAACGAGCUUUGUCGUCUGGUGAUGGCCCACAAACCGGGCUUUGUGCUUUCCAAUUGGGAUAACGUCACCAUUGCCAUGAACGAGUACUUGCGGAGAAAAGAAUUGUGGCACACUUCCUCGUGCUUUCCAAAUGGACGUGCGCUGUACAUCAUUUUCAGGACCGAAGUUUAUUUGCCCUUCAAAAAUAGCAAAUUCGACGAUGAACCAGACGUUGCAUUACUUUCAGACACAGCUAAUGCAUACGAGAGUUCCGCCUGUGAGACUCAAACUCUCAGCGAAAAAACUCAGACUUUAUAUGCAGGAAAUGAAGAACAAAAGCUUCCCGUGGAAGUGUACAGAUCUAAAAUGUCAUGGGCGUUGGCGCUAGCGGCAAAGCCAGCUUUAUUUGGCUGUGUCUACCAUUUUUGCCUAACUUUUUACUACAACUGGUAUUUCAAGCUAGCGGCAGUUGUCGGUCAACUGGCACUGGUGGCACUCUCCUUGUACAAUAAAGUCAAACUUAUUUCCGUGACGCAGGUUGGACAAUUUCUGAAUACAGUCAAGGAUCUCGAGCCUUGGGAAAACAACUCGAGUUGGGACGACAUUGCAAAAGUUUUCAACAGGAUAAUGGGACUGCAAAAGAACAAUUACAUUGCGGCAGAUUUCUUUUACGACGGAGAAGAUAGUCGUCGUUGCUUUGAGUCGAUCCUUAAGGGCAUUAUUUCAGGCUCAAGAAAAAUGCCAGAAUUUAUGUCUCUUGCGAAUGAGCUACAGGCGGCUUGUGGUUUGGAUGUUGCAGAAAGUGCUUGA